ACUUAGACGAGUUUCACGUGCUGUGCGAUAAUUUAGGUAGCGUUUAAAUGUCUGACGAAGUGCCUUUAAAUCGUCUAUCGCAAAUCUUCGAUACGCUCACAAAUCUUCAGCUGGCGGAGCAGCAGCAGCAGCAUCGCCGUUCGGCCUCCUCAUCUCCAUCACCAUCGGCCAGUGCAUCAGCAUCGACGUCUGGCCGUGCCACGCCCUCGGCGCCAUCAUCAUCAUCAGCAGCAGCAGCAGCAGCAGCAGCAGCGGCGGCAUCUUCAUCGGCAACGUCAUUGGGCGUGGCGGCCACACAAACUCUUUACUAUACACACACGCACAAUUAUUUCCUUAGACCACAAGAUGGUGGAAAUUAUUUGCAUACUUUUCCGGCGGCCCAACAGCCAGGACAUUUCUAUCAUCAGCAUCAGCAGCAGCAGAUGCAGCUGCAGCAACAUCAAAUGCAAUUGCAAAUGCAACAGCAGCCACCAUCGUUGCCUAUCCACUUGCCAGGCAGGUCAAGUCGUUCCGGUUCUGGAUCUGGUUCCGGUUCCGGUUCGGGCUCACAAUCCCUACACGCCUCACCGCUAUUAACCAAACGUGCCAUCUCAUUUAGUGGACAAAUGCCUUUGACUCGUGCAGCUCAGUUGCAUGAAGCUCGCCUUGUGGCCGCCUCAACGCCAAAUAGUCCACGACUAAUGCCUCGGCGCGUGCCACGCCCACCACCCAUACCAGCCAAGCCUGUCAAGGAGCAGGCGUUGCCUCAGCCAAUGCCUCCCCCUGCUCUAUCCGCUGUGAAUCCGAUUUUGGCUGCACUGGAUGCUCCAGAUGCCCCGUGGCCGCAUUUCUCUUCAUUGACCGAACACUUGGAUGUCCAUCAAUUGAAUAAUUAUGGUCAAUCCUUGCCAGAGGUCAAUUGGCAAGAACGCUGCUUGGAACUACAAUUGGAGUUGCAUCGUUCAAAAAAUCAAGCUGGGCGUAUAAGAGAUAUGCUAAGAGAAAAGUUAACGGAGCUCGAACAACGCGUUAUCGAAGCGGAAGAACGCGCCGAGGAUGCUGAGGAUAAGGUGCGAGCUAUGGAGCAGCGACUGAGUGAGUGGCCCAAGCCCCAAGCACAGUCACAGCAGCAACAACAACACUCGUCCACUAAUUCGCCCAACCACCAACAACAACAACAGCAGCAACAACAACAACAGCAAGCCAUUGGAUCAGCAUCUGUGGUCACUAGUGUUUCCAGCGGUUCCAGCAACGAGGCAGAAAAAGUAAUCACUUCUUUGGAGAUUCAGGUAGAGGAACAACGUCAAUUGCGUCUACACGACGCCCGACAAAUCGAAGCGAAGGCCGCCAAGAUCAAAGAGUGGGUCAACAAUAAGCUGCGCGACUUGGAGGAGCAAAAUCAAUUGCUGCGCGAACAGAAUAUCAAAUGCAACCAGCAACUGGAACUGCUUAAGAAUCACAUAGCCAAUCAGUCGCAACGCCACAGUAUUGUUGGGCCAGUUAGGAAUAGCUUGAGCCUGGAUGUACAGGACUUUGCCACAACGCCGGAGACACGAAGACGUAGCGAAAGUCUCGAUCCGCAAGAGAUUAUCAGUAGGCCAUUAACCUCAUCAUAUCCCCAUCAUCAGCACAGGCGCAAUCUCUCAAUGGAGCCACAGGAACUCGAGCGUAAUCUAGUGGCGGCCGUCGAUGGCCUCACUCUGGCCCCGCUUUCGAGUAUCACAACAAAGAAUCCCAUAACCACACGCCCGGAUAGCUCUGAUACGGAUACAGCGCACGACUAUGCGGAAAUCUAUACACCGUCGUGCGAGAAGCUGCCAUCGUGGAUGAAAAACAAUCCCGCCCUGAUGGCCAGUGGCGGUAAUUCAAGCACAACCACAACAACCACCAGUGAUUUGGGUGUACCUCGACCGCCGACACCGCCGCUACAUCGGUUUCCCAGCUGGGAGGCGAAAAUCUACCAGGUGGCCAACGAUGGCUUGGUCGGCACAGGUGCCGCCGGGACUAGCACAGCUGAGCACGGCAGCUCCUUGGGCUCCCACAAUGAGCAACCAGAUGUACAGCCGUUGGCUGAUGGCAUCACUACUACUAAUACCAACAGCAACACUUUAUCGAAUGGCCGUUCUCGUCAUACGAACACAAUGGAGGGAAAUGGCACCGCACCGGGCACACCUCAACCGCCGCCAUCGCGGCAGCAACAAACCGCCAGCGGCGGCUUCUGUGAUAUCUCCGUGCCCGUCUAUGCCACUGUCAAGGGUCGAGCUUCCCAAAUACGUUCAAUGCCCUUCACCGGGGACUCCAGUGAUGAUUCCAGUGAUGGGGAGGAUCAUGCCGUCAUGCUAACACACAAUUCGCACAACUCGUCGAGCACAGACAACACAGAGACCUCCACAUCAGGGAGUGCAUCGAGUCCAUCGAAGAGUUUGAAAACAUCCUCAAGUUUGAGCCCGGCGAAACGAAGUGGUUCCGAGAGUCCUAAAAAUGCCAAAGCACGUGGCCUCUCCGAUGAUUACGCCCUGCCCCCGGAUGCUGUAUCCGAAUCCACAUGCAUGGAUGCCUCAAUGCCAUCAUUGUUAAUGCGUCAAUCCUAUGUGGAUUCGCCGAGCAAGAAAAUCGAGUCCCUAGAGAAGAUGGGUCACCUGGCCAAAUUGGGUGGCAAAUUGAAGACUUGGCGGAAACGUUGGUUCGUCCUGAAGAACGGUUCACUCAACUAUUGGAAGAGCCAACACGAUAUACAACGGAAACCACAAGGACAAAUCCUGCUCGACGAAGCCUGUCGCAUUAAUCGAGCCGAAGGGGCAUCGACCUUUGAAAUAGACACUGGAAAAAAGGUUUACUAUCUAACGGCCGACUCACAUGCCACCAUGGAUGACUGGAUUCGAGUGCUGCAGAACGUGCAACGACGAAAUGCCACAAAACUACUGCUAAGUCGCGAUGAUCAGAAACCCACAGUGCAGGGAUGGGUGACCAAAGUGAAGAACGGUCACGCCAAGAAAUGCUGGUGUGUGCUAUUGGGCAAGAUGUUUCUUUAUUUCAAAGCCCCAGCAGAGACGAAUCCAUUGGGUCAGAUUAAUAUGCGUGAUGCUCGUGUUGAGGAAGUCGAACAUGUUUCCGACUCAGAUUCCGAGGAACGUGAGGAUGCUGCCCAGGAUCAGGCACGACUAACAGUCGCCAUCUAUCCAGCACAUCAGGGUCCAACAUAUCUUAUCCUAUCCGGCAAGCCAGAGCGUGAUAAUUGGUUAUAUCAUUUGACUGUCGUUUCGGGCGGUGGUCCCAGUGCUGGCACUCAGUAUGAGCAGUUAGUUCAAAAGCUAAUGGAAACCGAUGGCGAUCCAAAUUGCGUUCUCUGGCGUCAUCCCAUAUUGCUACACACCAAAGACACGAUCACAGCUCCAUUAUCAUCCAUGCACACGGAAACCAUGCAGCCAGAGGCCAUUAAGCUCUUCAAGAGCAUUCAACUAUUCAUGUCUGUGGCAGUGAAUCAACCUGGCAUCGAUUAUCAUGUGGUUCUCGCUCAGAACGCAUUGCAGCACUGUUUGGAUAUGCCGGAACUGCAAACCGAAAUGAUUUGCAUAUUGAUUAAACAAACUUCCCGACAUAUGGGACAAAAACUAAGUGUCGGCGUCCAGGUAAACAAGAAACUGGGCAAGCAAACGCGCCAAUUACUAUUGUGCGCCACCCAAAGCCUGUUCACCUGUGAUACCCAACAGGGUAGCCAUGCCCAAGCCAAUGGCAGUUCGCCAACAUCAAUACAGGCCCCUGUGACCACGCCCAUUAUCGAUUGUAAAUCGAAUCCGCCAGCCUAUAGUUUUGUUCAGGGCUGGCAAUUGCUUGCUCUAGCCGUUUCAUUGUUUGUACCGAAGUCUAGUCGUCUUUUAUGGUAUCUUAAGUUACAUUUAUCACGCAAUGCGGAUACAAAAACCGAAACGGGCAAAUAUGCCGCCUACUGUGAACGAGCCCUGGAACGCACACUAAAGAAUGGCGGACGUGAGACGAAACCAUCACGCAUGGAAGUCCUAUCCAUAUUGCUGAAGAAUCCAUAUCAUCAUUCGUUACCGCAUGCCAUUCCCGUGCACAUGAUGAAUGCCACGUAUCAGGUGGUUUCGUUCGAUGGAUCGACAACAAUCGAGGAGUUCCAAUCGACAUUGGCCCAAGAGCUGGGCACCAGGGAUGCCACCAAUGGCUUUUGUCUCUUCAGCGACGAUCCCAUUGAAAAGGAUCUCGAGCACUAUCUCGAACCCUUGGCCAAAUUAUGCGAUGUGAUAAGCAAAUGGGAAACAGCAUUGCGCGAGAAGGGUUCUGGUAAAUUUGAAAACUCUCGCGUCAUCCAAAUGAGCUAUAAGAAUCGUCUCUACUGGAAGCACACGAUUAAAUGUGAAACCGAUAAGGAGCGCCUGUUGCUCUGCUAUCAGACCAAUGCCCAAAUUGUCCAGGGACGUUUCCCUCUCUCCCGUGAACUGGCCCUGGAAUUGUCGUCGCUAAUGUCACAAAUCGAUAUGGGCGACUAUACGCAUGAGAAAUCCCGGGAUGUUGGGCUUAAGGCAUUGGAUAAAUUCUAUCCGUAUCGCUAUCGCGAUGCCCUGGGAGCCGAUCAGCUGAAGGAAGUCCAAGAGAUGCUCAUAUCAAAGUGGCUAAUGCUGAAGGGUCGAUCCACAUUGGAUUGUGUACGAAUCUAUUUGACCUGUUGCCGGAAAUGGCCAUAUUUCGGUGCCUGCCUCUUCCAGGCGAAGCCGCGACAAAACGAGGCAGCGACUCAAGCACAAGCACAGUCCCCGGUGGCCUGGUUGGCCAUAGCCGAAGAUGCCCUCAAUGUGUUGGAGUUGUCCACAAUGUCACCAGUGGCAAGGUAUCCCUAUAGCACAGUGAUGACCUUUGGCGGCUGUCAGGAUGACUUCAUGCUGGUGGUUAGCCACGAUGAUGGAUCAGAGCAAAAGCUUUUAUUUGCCAUGAGUAAACCAAAGAUAUUGGAAAUAACGCUGCUCAUUGCGGACUAUAUGAAUGCCCUGGGUCACACAGUGCCCGGAACUCCGCAAAUGAAUUCGCUGACUCGCAAUGGGUCGCAUCGUUCGUUGCGUGCCUCCCAAAGACCGGCAGCCACUUCGACAAAUGCAACAACCACGGCGCAUAACACACUCAAUUCGCAUGCCACGCACACAUUGAACUCGACCCAUUCGCAUACAUUGAGUAGUUCUCAUCAUGCAGGAGGCGGCGGUAUCGGUGUGGGUGCCGGCAGUGGAGGCGGCGGUGGCAGCCAUCCGGGCACUCUAAGCUCUGGUCAUCAUUAUACACAUCCGCAUGCGCAUCAUCACCAGCAUCAGCAUCAGCCGGAUAUAUUGAAAAGCACACCAGAUCAUCAGCGUCUCAAAUAAACAAAGACAAUGAUGAUGACGAGGACAACGACAAAGACGUAGGAGGGGAGAAGCAACUGUACAUACUUAAGAUUAUUACUCUUUAAUACUUACUCAACACUAGAUAAACUAGAAGAAGACACAGAUGCAAGAACAAGAAAAAAAGAAGAACCUAUUCUUACCUAAGCUAUGUAAUUCAUAUAUAUAUAUAUAUAUAUAAACAACUACCUAUAACAUA